AUGGUCCAUGGCACACCCGAUGCGCAAAACCAGUACACGGGUGCCAUGUGCUGCAAGACUGGCCGCAUCUGCGACGGAUAUGAUGGUCCUCCGGCGACGGGCGUCACCACGCCGUCUCUGACUCUGACUCGCAUUGCUUCUUCAUCCGGCACAACCCAAGAAGUCCGGGCAUUGCGGUUCUUCGUAGAGCGCACUGCUGUACAAUUCGGAACAUUCGCACCAGACGACUUGUGGAGUAGCCGAGUCCUCCAACUGGCCCAUUCUAACACCUGCAUCCGACAUGCUUUGGUUGCAUUGUCAUCAUAUCAUGAGCGGUACUGGAGCCAUGAUGUGGGCGUUGAAACGCCAUAUGGCCUGCGUCAAUACAAUUUGGCGAUUAGCGAGCUUGUUAAAUCCGGGGCUGACCGACCGUCAUAUCUCCAUAUUCAACUCGUUUCUUGCACGAUAUUUAUCUGCAUUGAGAUUCUCCGGAGGAAUAUAAGUAAUGCCAUGUAUCUCUUCAAAUACGGCUGUAGAAUGAUCGAGGGGGCUAUGAAGCAAGUCAGAAAAGGCGGAUACGUUGGCGGCGCUACGGGAAUAUCUAUUGAGCCCAUUAUUAGGCUUGUGGAGGCUUUUUUUGCUCGUAUAUCGACUCAAGUCUUUCUCGCUAUCGGGGGUGAUAUUGAUCACAAGCUUGCCGACAUCAUUUCGCCCAUGCUAAAGCUUCGCAUGGUAACUAUGACACCUAAGCCAACACUGUCGUCAAUUCAAGAGGCGCGGGAUUCUUUGCUCAAGCUUGCCUUGCAAUACAGACGCGAUAUGACGAUGGCGCAAUCCAAGGCUUUGGGCAUCCGAUUCGACGCUUGGACGGAGGCGUUUGAUGAGUUUCGCAGGGCCGUUGACCGGAACAGCCUGAACUCAACGGACAAGCGGGCGCUUGCACUGUUAGAACUACACAGACGAUACUUGUAUAUCAAUAUCGCGGCAUUGAAUCAACCCGACCGUGAAGAUCCAUCGAUGUGGGAUUUGUGGACAGAUCAGUUCCGCGAAAUGGUCGAAUUUGCAACAGAGGCGGGCGGGCUUGAUGCUGCAAAUGUACCAGCCGAUAACCAACCGCAAUUUUAUAUGGAAGUUGGCAUACUGCCAGCACUGUUCUUUUUAAGUUCCAAAUGCCGAGACCCGGAAGUGCGACGACGGGCGAUAGACAUCAUGGAGACCAACCACAUUCAAGAAGGCAUAUGGAAUAGCAAGAUGGCAGCCAAGGUUGCUAAGAGAGUCAUUGCCCUCGAAGAAGGCGAGUUUAUCGUCAAGUCGAGCACCGACAUCGACGGCCUAGCUCGAGUGCGUCGAGUAGCGGUCCAUGCUGGUCCAGAAGUGGCUUAUCUGAAUGUGGGCUAUGAACUGCACUGUGGUUGGGUACAAGAAGAGCUGGACUGA